AUGCACGGGCGGCAGCUUCCGCCGGCGCUACACUGUCUGCGCGUCCGCCAAUCGCGAAACGUCCUAGCGGCCGCUGCGCCGCUCGUUUCCCUCAUCUUGCUAGCGCUCACGUCGUUCGAGGAAUUCGGAUCGGUGCAAGUCGGUGCUACGCCGUUCAGUGUGUAUGAUUCGUACCAGCCGCCGUGCCCCUUCCUGCCCGACCCUCCCCCGCAAGGCUGGAAGCGGUGGAGCGACCCUGCCACGUGGACCAAUGGUGGCAGCUCCGUGAUUCCCGGAGUGAAGGCCACGGGGGGCGAGUGGGCGGAUGUGACUAUACCGUGCGGGACGGCCGUGCUGCUGGACGUGCCUCUAGUGAGCCUCAACAGGCUGGUGAUCAAAGGAUGGCUCAGGGUCUUAGAUUCCCCGUCUCUCCCAACGAUCGAGGUCCAAGCAGCCUUCAUCAUCGUUCAAGGCCGUCUCUCCGCUGGCACCACUGCAACGCCCUUCACCCGUCUCGCUCUCUUCACCCUCCUCCCCUCCAAAUCGCGUGCCAACUACUCUCUUACCGACCUUGCACCAGCCGACCCCCUGAACCCAAGGAACCUGGGUCACAAGGCGUUCAUCGUGUGGCCUGCGUUUGUUCCUCUCUGUCUUAUUUCCUCUGCCAUUCCUGUUCCCUCCCCCUCCCUCCCUAACCAGGUGGGAGGGGCAGUGGACUUACGCGGCAUGCCUGGGUCCUCCUCUGCCCCUGCGUGGGUGCGCCUGGCACGGGCAGUGGCUGGUGAUGGUGAUAGCACAGUAGCACACUCUAACCUCUGUUUGUUCCUCUCCCCCUCCCUUCCCCUACAACCAGGUGGGAGGGGCAGUGGACUUACACGGCAUGCCUGGGUGGGAGGAGCCGUGGAUCUGCAUGGUAUGCCCGGCUCCUCCUCUGCCCCUGCGUGGGUGCGCCUGGCAAGGACAGUGGCACCCGGGGAUAAGUUUGUGGUGGUGGACGGCGAUGUUACUCGGUGGCCGGUCGGCGGCACUGUAGCGGUUGCGUCCACUAGUGCGAACAUGAACGAGGCCGAGACCGGGGUGAUUACUUACGUUGCUCCUAUGCCGUCAGGCGUGGGCUUCUAUAUCGGACUGGCCAAGCCCCUUAGGUUCCGACAUGAGGGUAAUCUUCAAGGCACCCCUGAUGGAGUCGGGGGUACUGUGGAUAUACGAGGGGAAGUUGCCCUUUUGACUCGGAAUAUCAUCAUCCGGGGGUAUAAGGAGAAAGCACCCUACGACACAGAUGGCGGUCACUUCAUGGUGUUCAUGACAAAAACGCCGCAAUUCAUCGAGGGGGUUCAGUUCCUGGGGCUGGGCAACCAAGGCGUGCUGGGGCGCUACCCCCUGCACUUCCACAUCUGUGGCGACAACAACCAGGCGCAUGUGGUCAGGAAGAACGUGAUUGCAGCGAGCAACCAGCGUUGCGUGGUUGUCCACGCCACCUCGGAUCUGACUGUAGAGGAGAAUGUGGCAUACGAGACCAAGGGGCACUGCUUUAUCACGGAGGAGGGCAGCGAGUUUAACAACGUGUUCAAACGCAACCUGGGGAUCAACAUCCGCGGAGUGCGCAAGGUGAUUCCUCCCGAGACCUCAGACCGAUUGGACAGGCAGACGGACAACCAGCCCACCACCUUCUGGAUGGCCAGCCCUCGGAAUGAUUUAAUCGGCAACGUGGCGGCUGGAUGUGACAAUACAGGCUUCUGGUACGAAAUGCUGGCGCGCAUGAGAGGGGCCUCCAAAAGGCUUGAUCUGGGCGACACCCCCAUGCCCUUCUUUGACUCGUUCGGUCGGUUUGAUGGCAACGUGGCUCACUCCUGCAAGGCGGGCGUGCGCAUGUAUCCCCAUGGGAACAGGCCCCCCAAGGAGGCUGUCUUUACCAACCUGCUGGUUUACCAGAGCCGGCUCGGGGACACCACCAUUCGGGACUCGGCGUUUGUCGAUGUGGCGGUGGGGAUCGGCAGCGAUGUGAACGUUGACAUCAAAGUGCAGAACUCGCGAUUCGUGGGACGCACACAAGCUUGCACCUCACCAGCCAGAACAGCCUCAAGAUCUGCGUCAACCAAGGCGCUUUCUGCAGCAGCAUCAGCUUCUGGAUCUCUUCCCAUGUCCGUUUCUGCCCAGGCUAUGGGCACCGAAUCUGCUCCUGUUGAUGAUGCCUCAGCUGCUGCUGCCGAUGCCAGCACCAGCACAGGCGCUUCUAUUUUCCCCAGCCAACCAACGGCCUCUGCAGCUGCUCAGGAGUCUGUUUCAUCGCAGCUGCUCCGGUUCUAUCUCAACCCGGGAGGCCUUGUGGCAGAAAGCGCAGCGUCUACUAACGAGGAUGUUUUCAACCAGGGAAGCAGCAUCAGGGGUAGUGAGAGCAUCACUACCACCACCACUGCAGCUGCCACCACUGCUGCCACUGCUGCUACCACCACCACUGCCAAUAACCUUUUCACCAUCCAGAACCUUCCAACCGAUACCCCCUCCACCACCCUCGCCUCUUCAACCCUCGACUCUUCAACCCAAGGCAAUCCUUCCAAUCCUCCCACUGACGGCUAUCCCACUCCCAUCGCCACCAACCCCACUUCAAACCCUCCGACCGUUUCAGACAGCCCUGAAACCCCUCUCGGCCCCUCAUCUGAUCCCUUGUUUGCAAAAGAGCUGAAUUACUGGCAAGAUGAAGAAGUAGCAUCUAUAUUCUCAUCUCUUUCCCGAGCCUCGCUGCCCCAGCUUCCCAAAGCUACCCUCUCGCGCAUCGCCCAGCUUCGGAACAGGCUCGGGCUGUCUAGGUUUGGGCACAGGCUCGGAAAGGGGCUUGGGAACAAGCUCGGAAAGUGGCUGCGAGGUUCGGCAGAAGGGGGUAACGGGGCGGGGAACAGCAGCAGCGUUGAGUUGAACAGUGUUGCGAGCGUGCGGGCGGCGGUGGUGUCUUUUAGGUUCGGGACGUUUGAGUCGCCGGUCGGCAUCGCGCUGAGUCAGCAGCAUUGGAUGGACCCUUCCGGCAGCGCCAAGAUCUCAGGAUGCUCGUUCACCCAGUAUGCCACAUGCAACCCGGCUAGCCCUGCCAUCGUGGCGCAAGCGACGGUCUUUGGUGGAUUCUGGGACACAUCCACAGCCACGCAGGGUCUCAAGUUUGAUGCAACCACCAGCCGGGUGUACCUGCAGCAAGAAGCGAACCCCACCAAGUCCACGUCGCUAGUCUCCAACUUCAUGGCCGUUCGAGACAUUGACGGGACCCUCAUUGGCGGCUCCGGGGGCUUUGCCAUCGUGCCCUAUCUCGCCAAGCCUCCUGCGGCUGUGGCGGCCAAGCAGAGGAGCAUAUCAGCAGGGAAGCGGCCAGCAGGGCCCCUGUCGGGCUGCCAGUACCGCGACCUCUCGGUGGGGUUCACAUGCCCGGGCACCUGCUUCCACUCCUUCUCCGCCACCUAUUACGAAACCACCGGCGCUGCUGCUGUGAAGGGGAGCAGCCAGCGGCCGUACAGCUACCUGGUGAUCACCAGAGAGGAGGAUGGGGCGCAGUUCACGGCUUAUGGGUUUCAGAACGACCCCAUUCCUGUGAUUCCUGCCAAGGCCAGUGUUCGAAGGUGGAUCUCAGCCACGCUUGAAGCGGGGUUCACCUACCGAGUGCGCGUCGUCGCUCCCCCAUCCAACCCGGCCUUCUAUCCGGAUCGCAUUGCAGUACAGUUGCGAGACAUGGGGGGUUGUGCGGGGCGAGUGAAGGUUUUGAUUGAACCGAAAGACGCUGCCACUAACUGGGUCGCCACCUACAGCCCUCCCACUAGGUGCUCAUCAACGGUGCUCGCCCCAUCCACCACCUACCAGAGCUACAUUUGCGCCAACAGCCGUCGAUUCCUGGCCCUCGAUUUUGGCGCCCCGGAACAGUCGUACCAGAUGCUUGCAAUUGCUCGCUCCACCUCCUGCUCAUCUACAUCUUGCUAG